ACCUUGUUGGUUACAAAGACACACAGAGCCUUUUAAUGACUGCAGAGUCUUUCCUACUUAAGGAGAAGUAAUCUAAUGUAUUUAGAAAAGGGUGCAAUUUCAAUCAUUUCAUCAAGUUGAUUUAUAACAGUGAAAUCAAAAUGCAAGUAGAAGAAUGUUUUAGUGUUGAGAAAAUUUCAAAUGAUUUGUUCCUAAUUAGGGAAACCUUGUAUUUUUCUGGUAAUAUUUGCAAUAUCUGGCUGUCAAAAGGAUCCCAUUUGGAUGUUGUAAUUGACACAGGUCUUGGAGUUUGGGAUCUGCCAUGGUUCUUAAAAUCACAGAAUCUUAUUGGAGAGAAACCAGUAAUGACAGUAGCAACACAUGUUCAUUUUGAUCACAUAGGAGGGUUGCAUCAGUUUGCCAAUACAGCUAUUCAUGCAGAUGAAUUUGAUGAUAUGACUGAAGCAAAUGGAGUCAGCAUGGUGACAUAUUUGAAAGACUGUCAAGUGAUGCCUGAAGCACAAGGAUAUUUUGAUGUUAGAUGUUUCAAAGUAAAAGCAGUGACUCCAACAAAAGCUUUAAAUGAUGGUGAUCUCAUUGAUCAAGGAGAUAAACAGUUAGAAAUCUUGCAUCUCCCAGGUCAUUCCAAGGGGAGCAUUGCUCUUUUUGAUAGAAAGAAUGGUCAUUUGUUCUCUGGUGAUGUAAUUUAUGAUGGAAUGCUGAUUGAUUUUUUGCCAGGAAGUUCAGUCAGUGAUUAUGUGCUCUCCUGUCUGCGUUUGAAAGAAAUUGCCCCAAAGGUAAACAGGGUCUUUCCAGGCCAUUUCAGGCCUCUAAGCAGUGAAGAGAUGGUGUCAUUAGCAGACAGUUAUCUUAUUUAUGCUGAAAGAUCCUUGUAUAAGUGGAAGCAAAGCUGCUUGCAAGGUGUCCUUACAGCUGCAUUCAAAGGAAGAGAGACAAGAAAUAAACUGUAUAACUCUCUAUAUUAUGGCUGUUGCUGUUUCUUUGUGAUUUAACAACUGUGAUAUAAACAUUAUUUGUUCUAAGUUCAAAAUAAACCUUUAUGGAUAGGUUUGGAGGUGUCUCUUAAUGACAAUUAUCUGUAAAGUACUAUUA